AGCCGGACCGCGGCUGGAGCCUCGCCGACGCGCGGUGGCCGCCGAGCCCCAUCAGCCCCCAGACUCAGCCCCCCAUCCCCUGGUCACUGUGGGCAGUGGAGGGAUGGCCGCCCAGCUGCUGGCUGACGAGGCCCUGCCCCGGGCCUGGGGGAUGCAGGCGUCCUUGUGGUUGCAGGGGCUGGUGACGUUCAAAGACGUGGCCGUGGACUUCACCCAGGAGGAGUGGCAGCAGCUGGAUCCGGCCCAGAGGGACCUGUACGAGGACGUGAUGCUGGAGAACUUCCGGAACCUGAGCUCCCUGGAUUUGGAGUCCAGGCCUGAGAGGGACGCCCCAGAGGAAGCUGUCCCUGCAGGAGCAGCCCCGGGGCUGGCCCUGGAAGAGCUGGGAGGGGGCUGCCCCUGGCGCUCUGCGUCCGGAGAGGCCGGGACACCUUCAGGAUGCGCCCCUGCAGAGCGUCAGCCGGGAGACCCCCCGCCAAGAAUUCCAGAAGGGACAGGGCCCCACAAGUGUGACCCACGGGAUCCUGGCUGGGAGAGCCCCCGGAGAGACGCCGGCGGCGGCGAGAAGCCCUGCUUGUGCCGGGAGUGCGGGGAGGCCUUCGCGGGGCGCGCCGAGCUGGCGCAGCACCAGCGCGCGCACGCCCAGGACAAGCCGUUCGCGUGCGGUGAAUGCGGGCGACGCUUCCGCAGGAACGCCACCCUCGCGGUGCACCGGCGCGUCCACACCGGCGAGAAGCCGUUCGCCUGCGCCGAGUGCGGCAAGGCCUUCAGCCAGCGCGCCAACCUCACGGUGCACCGGCGCAUCCACACGGGUGAGCGGCCCUACCGGUGCGCCGAGUGCGGCCGCGCCUUCGUGCAGAACAUGCAGCUGGUCGGCCACCGGCGCACGCACACCGGCGAGCGGCCCUACAAGUGCGGCGACUGCGGCAAGGCCUUCACGCUCAUCACCAACCUGGUGGACCACCAGCGCCUGCACACCGGGGAGAAGCCCUUCGCGUGCGACGUGUGCGGCAAGCGCUUCACCAAGCGCUCGGCCCUGCUCGGGCACCAGCGGGCCCCCACCAGCGCCAGGCCCCACCAGUGCGGCGUGUGCGGGAAGGCCUUCCGCAAGAAGUCCGACCUGGUCAACCACCACCGCGCGCACACGGGCGAGCGGCCCUUCAAGUGCUACGAGUGCGGCAAGGCCUUCGCGCAGAGCAUGACGCUGGUGGAGCAUCAGAAGACGCACACCGGCGAGAAGGCGUACCAGUGCCGCCAGUGCGGGAAGCGCUUCACCAAGUCCUCCGCCCUCAUCCUGCACGAGCGCAUCCACACGGGCGAGAGGCCCUUCCGCUGCGCCGAGUGCGGCAAGGCCUUCAACCAGAACGUCCAGCUCGUGGUGCACCGGCGCAGCCACACGGGCGAGAAGCCGUUCCAGUGCGGCGCCUGCGGCAAGUCCUACAGCCAGAAGGGCUACCUCACCGUCCACCGGCGGACUCACACCGGGGAGAGGCCCUUCGCGUGCCAGGAGUGCGGCAAGGCCUUCAGCCAGAAGGCGCACCUCUCCAUCCACCUGAGGAUCCACACGGGCGAGAAGCCCUACCGGUGCAGCGAGUGCGGGAGAAGCUUCCGGAAGGUGUCGUUCCUCUUCCAGCAUCAGGCCAUCCACAGCGACGAGAGGCCCUUCCAGUGCGGUGUGUGCGGCAAGGCCUUCGUGCGCAAGUCCACGCUGGUCCAGCACGGCCGGAUCCACACGGGUGAGAAGCCCUAUCAGUGCGGGCAGUGUGGGAGGGCCUUCCGGCACCAGCCCACGCUCGCGGCGCACCGGAGGAUCCACACCGGGGAGAAGCCCUACGAGUGCAAGACGUGCGGCAAGGCCUUCCGGCGCAUCGGGAACCUCACCUGCCACCAGAAGACCCACACGGCCGGGGAGGUGCCUCCCGGCAGGCCCAGCACAGCGAGAAAGUCUUCCUCCAAGAUAACUCCUCAGAUAAGGCCAGCUGACAGCGUGGGCAAGUUUCAGCCUCCCGGCUCUUUAGAGUUAACUUAGGGACCUCAAGAGAUGCCCACAAGGCUUGUGUCACAUUCCGGAGAAUUCGGUGAGGACAGGUGACAGCACGGCCUGCUUCAUGGGUGUGCAACCUGUGCAACCACACAGGGCCCACACUCGGUUUCAUGCCCAGCUGUAGCCAUCUCAGAAUUCUUAAUAGUCUCAGAACAGAGGGCACCAUAUUUUCAUUUUGCACCAGGCCCCAAAAAUCGUCAUGGGGCCCAGGGGAGAGCAACCCGGGGUUAGACCUGGUUUUGCAUGGCCCACAAGGUAAGAAUGGUUUUUACAUUUUGAAAUAAAACAAAAAGAAUAGGAGACAGAGCUUAUAUGGCCCACAAAGCGUAAAAUAUUUACCAUCUGGCCCUUCACAGAAAGUUUGCGAAGCCUGGUCAUCAACCAGCAGUUAUUGGUGGGAAUUCCAGACCCUUCUUCAACACGCUCUGGCAGAGUCCCUGUUUGGUUUCAUGCCUCUCGGUGGUUCCCUCCAGGUGGGCUUCUCGGCUCCAAGUGGAGGGGUUCCAGGAUGGGAUGGCUCCUCCUUGGGUCUCCCCUGCGGCACCAUCCUUUUGUUUGUCUCUAGGCCUCAUUGUGGCUCAGGCCCGCGGCUGCCCUUGGUCCUGAAUCCCACCUGCUUGGGCCACGAGCCAUCUGUGUAUCUGGCACUUGAUCGAGAACGGAAUAAACGCGAUUCUCUGUUCGAUGGCUGCCUGUUCACCACACGGUCUGGGCGUCUCACGCCAGGAAGGUUUUCUCAGUGGGACAUUUUCAUAGCUCAGUUUACUCACUCACUCUCAUUUUCUAGGGCUGCCAUGGCAAAUACCGCAGACUGGGGGCCUUAAACAGAAGAAAUCUAUUUUCUUACGUUUUUGGAGGCUAAAAUUCUGAGAUCAGGGUGUGCACAGGGCUGCUUUCUCCUAAGGCCUUUCUCCUUGCCUAGCAGAUGGCUGCCCUCCCGCUGCCUCUUCACGUGGUUGUCCCUCUGCCCGCGUGCGCCCCAGUGUCUCUCUCCUCAUGAAGACACCAGCCACUGGAUUAGGGCCCACCCAUAUGACCUCAUUUAACCUAAUUAUCCCUUUAAAGGCCCUGGCUUCAAAUCAAUCACAUUUGGAAGUUACCGGCAGUUAGAGCUUCAACAUAUGAAUUUUGGGGAUUCAAUCUAUAAUAACCCCAAAUGGCUAGAAAUGUAAACUUUUAUAACUGUAGCUUAUGUCUACAUGGCUUGGCAAGCAGGAACGGAGCACCCACCUUGCACUUUGGGUGGCAGGUACAGCCAGUGCCCCCAAACUCCUCACUUCUUCCUUCUUGGUGGGGAGUCGGUCCUGGGACGCAGUGGUCCUGCCAGAGAAGGCACUUCCUGCUUGCAUCCAGGAGGGGGCGUGGACCGCUCCUCCCUUGUGGAGGGUGAGGAGAGGGAUGCAUCCAAAAGAGGUUGGGCCUUUGCCACUUGCCCUUCCCCCAUCCGCCACCUGGAUGCCAACCCCCAGGGCGUCUCUGGAAGCAGUGGGUUGAAGAUGGUGGAGGGAGCUUGGAUCCCUGAGUCAGCCCGUGGAGUAGAUCCUUGUGAUUUGAGAGAGGAUUAUUGUUCUCUUGUGAUUCUGGAACUUCCCAGAGAUUCCUGGCCUGCCCGGGAGGGCUCCCUGCCGCCUCCCAGGGUUUCUGCAGGAAGAGCCUCCUCUCUCCAUCCCAGAGGCUGUGGGUCUGGCCAAGCCGCCUGGUGCGCCGAUCCCAGGCCAGGAAGCCAGGGCUGCGCGGGGCAGGCACCAACCCGGAAGACGCCUUCCUCUCAUUCUGGGGCAGGCUGCUGGGUUUCUGAGGGUCUGGUGGGGUCUCCAACAGUGGGGCAGUGUCCAAGUGGGUAAGAGUGGAAGGGCCCCCUCCCUCCAGCCUGAAAACUUGGCCGAAGGUGGGCGGAGAGCCUUGUCCAGCUGCCCACGCUGGGGCCAACUGGGGAGAUCAGCAGGGCUGGGGCGACGGUGUAUCAACCGUGCCUUUUGUUUUCUGGGGCUUUGACGUCUCGGGGCCUUGCUGACCCUGGAGAGACUGCCCCCCCAGGGUUUGCUGAUUCCUAGAGAUGGGAAACUACUCACUGUAAACACGCUUUUCAAAUGCCAACCAACCCAGAGCCCACAGCCACCACCGCCACGGCCCCCCCAGCCACUCCCCCACCUUCACCCCCCAGGGCAGGUGCCAGACCACUCCGGGCAGCCCCCAUGCCCCAGAGCCCCUGAAGUGACUCCGACCAGCCGAUCCUAAGCCUGCUCACCCGUUCCUUCCUACCAGCCUGUGGAUGUGGGCCUAAGGGACACAGGUCGGACCCAGUCUCCGGGGAAUGUUAGGUCCAGAAUGGAAUGGGCCGGUACCUCAGAAACUCAGUCGCGUGUUCACAGUCCAGUCAGCGAGCAUUUAUUGAGUGCCUACCGCUCACUCUGUCAUUCAGCAAACACUUAACACAGCGCCUGCUGAGUCCUGGGAAACAACAGUGAGCAAAAUGGGCAAAGCCCAGAGCCCUGCACUCAUUCCGGUGAGGGAGGCGGAUGACAGAGGGAGGAUGGGACCAAGACAGACCACCGGGGGAGGGAGUUGCAGUUUCAAGGGGCGAUGGGGAGGGUGACACUUAACAGGGACCUGGUGCAUUCAGGGUGCUCCUGAGAAACAAGCUGUAUCUUUCCAUAUGUCUCAUCUAGAUCUUACUGUAGAUCUUAUUAUAGAUCUUAUUUAUAUAUAUCCUGUUAUAUAUCUCAUUGUAUAUAUAGCGUAUUA